GGGAGGGAGGGGGGAAUGGAUUCUGCUGCGGCGACGACGGCGGCGGUGGUGGUGCUGGCGGUGCUGUGUGGCGGCGGCGCGGAGGCGUGGACGGGGGAGAUCCGCGGGCGGGUCGUCUGCGACGUCUGCGCCGACGCCGCCAUCGGACCCGAAGAUCACGUCUUGGAAGGUGCUGAGGUUGCCGUUCUUUGCAUAACCAAAUCCGGCGAGGUUCUCAAUUAUCAAGCGUUCACCGACUCGAAAGGCGUCUAUACGGUAGCGGAGACCAUGCCCGAGAGCGAUAGGUGGGAGUCGUGCCUGGCGAGACCCAUCAGCAGCUUCCAUGAUCGCUGUGCUAAACGGGGAGACUCGCAUUCGGGCGUCAAGUUCACUUACAACCGCCCUUCGGGCCAUUCUCACACCGUCAAGCCUUUCCUCUACAAGCCCACCUCCGUUCCGGUCUAUUGCAGCUGAUCAGCAUAUGGUAAACAUAUUUAAAGUUACAUAUGAUGAUGCACUGAAUGUUAUAUGUUCGAAACUCGUAUAGUAAUUGAAAGAAGAAAACAGAAACCGAAACUGUGUAGUGAAAUUCGAAGUUUGUUUUUUCUCUGUCAUGAAUUGAGAAACCGAUAAGUGGAAUGUGUGUAAUAUUUGUUCUAUGAGCAUCAUCUUCUCGGCGAUUCAUGGCUA